UGUCACUCACGCAGCUGUCACUCAUACACGCUCCUUUCUCUAACGGCCCUCCCAGCGGAGUUUUCUUUUUACUAAGGUACGAUCCCAAAUGCACCGCUGGAGAUCUCAUUGCUAGUUAUCAAUGGGAUAAUUGACGACAUGAUACAGGGGGAGGCGUUGGGCUCAACGUUGUUUUUCAUAAGAGCUCAAAGGGGGAAGAAAAAAGCAGGAGCACACACACUCACACACACAAGUCGUAAAGAGAGUUAAGGGACGUAAGCUUCACCGGACUACACAUCAGCCUCACAGAACCCAGCGGCAGUGGACUGCAACGUGGAACAUCGGCAGCAAACAUGUCACAGAAAGAAGUGAACGGGUCUUCCCAUCGAGGGAAGGUCCUCACGCUGGAGACCAUGAACCAGAACGUGAGGCAGGUCGAGUACGCGGUCCGGGGUCCGAUGGUCCUGCGCGCCGUACAGAUAGAAGAGGAGCUGAAAAAGGGAGUGAAGAAGCCUUUCACAGAGGUCAUCAAGGCUAACGUCGGCGACGCCCACGCUAUGGGCCAGAAACCAAUCACAUUCAUCCGACAGGUCUUGGCCCUCUGUGCCUAUCCGGCGCUCCUUGAAGACGACAAGUUCCCAGAAGACGCCAAGCUACGAGCCCGUCGUAUCCUGGACGGCUGUGGCGGACAGAGCAUCGGUGCCUACAGUGCCAGCCAGGGUAUCGAAUGCAUCCGAAAGGACGUGGCCAGCUACAUCGAGAAGAGGGACGGAGGCAUCCCCUCCAACCACGAGAACAUCUACCUCUCCACCGGCGCCAGCGAUGCCAUCGUGACCAUGCUGAAGCUGCUGAUUUGCGGUGAGGGCCGCACGCGCACGGGGGUGAUGAUCUCCAUCCCCCAGUACCCGCUGUACUCGGCCGCCCUGACGGAGCUCCAGGGCGUGCAGAUCAACUACUACCUGGACGAGGACAAUUGCUGGGGGCUGGACGUGGGCGAGCUACGGCGCUCGCUGACCGCCGCCCGGGAGCACUGUAACCCCCGGGCGCUCUGCAUCAUCAACCCCGGGAACCCCACUGGCCAGGUCCAGAGCCGGCAGUGCAUCGAAGACGUCAUUCGGUUUGCGAAAGAGGAGGGGCUGCUUCUCAUGGCCGACGAGGUGUACCAGGACAACGUUUAUGCGGAAGGCUGCGUGUUCCACUCCUUCAAGAAGGUGCUGUUUGAGAUGGGGCCCGAGUUCUCCAGCGAGGUGGAGCUGGUCUCCUUCCACUCCACCUCCAAGUGCUACAUGGGAGAGUGUGGCUUCCGCGGGGGCUACAUGGAGGUGGUGAACCUGGACCCUGAGGUGAAGGCCCAGCUCACCAAGCUGGUGUCGGUGCGUCUCUGCUCCCCGGUGUCGGGACAGGCCCUCAUGGACGUGGUGGUCAACCCCCCCCAGCCCGGGGAGCCCUCCUACGUCACCUUCACCAAGGAGCGGGCGGCGGUGCUGGCCGACCUUGCGGAGAAGGCCAAGCUGACGGAGGAGAGCUUCAACAACGUGCCCGGGUUCCACUGCAACCCGGUCCAGGGGGCCAUGUACACCUUCCCCCGCAUCACCAUUCCUCAGAAGGCCAUCGACCAGGCCAAGGCGGCAGGCCAGGCCCCAGACCAGAUGUACUGCAUGAAGCUCCUGGAGACCACUGGAAUCUGCUUAGUGCCAGGGAGUGGCUUCGGCCAGAGAGAGGGAACCUUCCACUUCAGGAUGACCAUCCUGCCCCCCAAGGAGAAGCUGAAGUAUGUGCUGGAGAAGAUCGCCGAGUUCAACGCACGGUUCCUGCAGGACUAUUCCUAACGCCUUUCAGAAACCAUCCGAGCCAUACUUCAUCCGAAGCCACUUCCAUCCCGUCCUGGAUCACUGUAAACACAGUUUGCAUGUAAAAGUUACCCUUCCCUGGUAGCGUUGUCAAAACCCAUCGGCUACCCUAGGGAAUGCCUAGAAUUCUCCAACACCCUGGGCAACUUCGGUUACCUUUAUGCAAACGGUUGUGUUGUUUCGCAACAUAGUCCCCCAUUUUGAUCGGACGAACAACAUUCAGUGAUAACUGUCGUACGUCGAAUUUUUAACGUUUAACCAAUUGUAUACUUGAAAGCUUGUCAGGUCGCGUCAUAAAUCGCAGCCGAUGAGAGCCUUUUUAAUGUUCUGAACGCCUAAGCCAAGCGUUUUCUGAAAUUCUUAUCUUUUAAAACUGGAAAACGACAGCUCAGUUGAAGGCCAUGACAGGGAGAUUGACUUUUAUUUUUGUGUGGGUCAUGGUGACACGGUGCGUCACAAAACAUUCAGACCCUUAAAAAUGUCAAUGUGCUUCCAAUGCAUCUCUUCCUUGCUGGUUGUGCCAACACGUUUUUCUUGAGCCAUUCAAAGAAAUGUUUUACAAAAUGUAUCAAAUGAUCGGUGUGCCUUGUCUGAGUGUGACCUUCAAAUGCAGUGGGUGGUCUCUGGGAUGAAUGCUCCCUUAAAGAAUAUUUAACGACAAACUUUCAGAGGCCAGAGCUGUGAAAAUGAGCCUACUUAAAAAGCAGUACAAUAGUCUUGAGUAAUCGUUGGGUUCAAGCCAUCUUUUGAGGUAAUUGAGUCUUAAGGCUAGAUAAAAGUACAGGGUAUUUAAAUGGCUUGGCUUCGUCUACCAAGGCCUUUUUCAGUAGAUUAACAAUUCAAAUGGAAACAUUUGGCAAUAUCUUCUUGUAAAAAUGUAAUUUAAAUAGAAAAAAAUUAAAAGAAUUUAAUGAAA